AUGUCGCUCGACAACGAAAAAGACGCCGACAAGGGCACAUUCAUCGAAAGCCCGCGCGACUCGGCCACCCCCAUCAAGCCCGGCAUCAUCACCACUGAUAAUGUUCCAGACGAUGACCAAUCCUUCGCCGAGUACGUUGCAAGGAUGGACCCGGAUGAGCUCAAGGCAUUCGAGAAGAAGCUUCUGAGGAAACAAGACCUCCGGCUCAUACCAUGGAUGACACUUUUGUAUCUGCUGAGUUUUAUCGACCGUGUCAAUGUCGGAGCCGCAAAGCUGGUCGGUCUGACCGAUGACCUGGGUCUCACUUCUCUUCAGUACUCUAACGCUUCCAUGAUCUUCUUUGUCCCCUACGUUGUCUUUGAAGUGCCAAGUAACCUUCUCCUCAAGCGUCUGCGGCCCUCCGUUUGGUUGCCGUUCACCAUGGUCUGCUGGGCCAUCUUCCAGACCACUAUGGGUCUUGUGACAAACUAUCAUCAGCUCCUCGCUUUGCGGUUCUGCUUGGGUCUUUUUGAGGCUGGGCUCUUCCCCGGAUUGAACUUUUAUCUGACGGGAUGGUACAAACGUGACGAGAUCAACAAGCGAACAGCCUUCUUCUUCGGCGGUGCCGUCCUGGCCGGGGCUUUCGGUGGAGUCCUCGGCUACGGUCUUUUUCGUAUGGACGGUAUUGGCGGUAAAGCCGGCUGGAGCUGGAUCUUCAUCAUCGAAGGGCUCCUUACUUUUGUGGCCGCUGUUGCGAGCUUCUGGAUGAUUCACGACUGGCCCGACUCGGCAAAGUUCAUCACUCCCUUUGAGAGAAGAUUCAUUCACUACAGGCUCAAGUCGGAGCAAGGGUUGGCUCAGUCGGGAACAUACAAUAAGAGAAUCGUGAAGAAGGCUUUGUCUGAUUGGAAGGUUUACUGUUUGAUGUUGAUGUACAUUGGUGCUGCCGAACCCCUGUACAGGCAAGUCUCACUUGUUGGUUCGCUGUUCACGCCUACCAUCAUCGCUAAACUGGGCACAUAUACUAUCCCCCAAUCUCUCCUUCUCAGUGUCCCUCCGUAUGUGUUGAUGUCUAUCACUACGAUGGGAACUGCUUGGCUCAGUGACAAGUACCGCCGACGAGGAUUCUUCUUGAUGGGAUGGUCCCUCGUGGGCGCUAUCGGAUACUUGAUGCUCUUGACCAUUCCUAUCCGUUAUCCCGGUGCACUGUAUUUUGCCGUCUUUGUAUCCUCUGCAGCUGUGGGUCCUCUCAUCGCCACUACCAUUUCUUGGUGCCAGGGUACUUGGGGCAACCACUACAGAAAGGCAAUCUGCAUGGGUAUGGUCUUCUCCUGCGGUAACUCGGGCGGCAUCGUCUCCUCCCAAGCAUACCGCAACAAAGACGCUCCACGAUUUCAACCCGGCCACGGCGCUGCCUUGGCUUUCUGCAUGCUCAACUUCACCAUGGCCACCAUCCUCUACUUUGGUCUUCGCCGAGAGAACAAUAGGAGACAAGCGUUGUACGGGCCACCUCCACCACCAGAGGAGGUGCACGAGUAUGACAGUCAGGAAAGCUUGAGGAAGUGGGGCUUAGAAGGGAUGUCGAAGGAAGAGCUGGUGGAGUUGGGUGACGACCAUCCCGCUAGUCGUUAUAUCCUAUAA